CCAACGCUUCUUUUCGGACCCCUCGCGUGCAUGACCAGAGAUCGGUAGGACCCCUUCUACCGAGGAUUGCCGUCUUGGAAUUCCCCUCCGCUUCCUCAAGCUUGGAUUGGAAUCGUCCACCCCACUCUUAAAAUCUUAAAAUUAGAACAAACGCAGAGAGAGACUCCACCAUUCUCGCUCUCCUCUUAUCAUCAUCAUCUCUCAAAGUGGAAAGCUACCCGAAUAGCCAAUCCUCGUAUCUGCUGAGACGCGGCAGAAACCAAUACACUGCUCGAAGAGAGAGAAAGAGAGAGAGAGAGAGAGAGAGAGAGAGAGAGAGAGAGAGAGAGAGAGAGCAGGGAGGAGGUUGGAUCUGGUGACCAGAAGGAAAGCAGGAAGGGAGGAGAUAGAGAGGGAUAAGAGGGAGAGAGAUGUCGUACAGGGCGGACGACGACUAUGAUUAUCUGUUCAAGGUGGUGCUGAUCGGGGACUCGGGGGUGGGCAAGUCGAAUUUGCUGUCGCGGUUCACGCGCAACGAGUUCAGCCUCGAGUCCAAGUCCACCAUCGGCGUCGAGUUCGCCACCCGCAGCAUCCACGUCGACGACAAGGUCGUCAAGGCCCAGAUUUGGGACACCGCCGGCCAAGAAAGAUAUCGCGCAAUCACAAGUGCAUACUACAGAGGAGCCGUUGGUGCACUUCUUGUUUAUGAUGUCAGUCGCCAUGUCACAUUUGAGAAUGUGGAGAGGUGGCUGAAGGAGCUCAGAGAUCACACAGAUGCCAACAUUGUGAUCAUGCUCAUAGGAAACAAGGCUGACUUGCGCCACCUAAGGGCUGUCUCCACAGAGGAUGCCAAGGCCUUUGCGGAGAGGGAGAACACCUUCUUCAUGGAGACAUCCGCUCUGGAAUCAACGAAUGUAGAAAUCGCCUUCACUGAAGUUCUCACUCAGAUCUAUCAUGUGGUCAGCAGGAAGGCUCUUGAUAUUGGCAAUGAUCCCACAACUUUGCCCAAGGGUCAGACUAUCAAUGUAGGCACCAAGGAUGAUGUAUCAGCUGUCAAGAAAGCCGGUUGUUGCUCGACUUAGCUCCCUGAAGUAAGGCACCUCAUCUUUAGGAUCCUUAGCUGCCUUGAAAGUAUAACAAGCUGCCUUGCAUGUACGUAUGAAGAAGCUUUUGGCAAGAUGCUUUUCAAAGUGCAUUUCCUCUUAAGAAGGUUCGCAUUUUUUAUGACAUGAGUGUGAACAUCUCUUAGGUUUUAUAGAUAUUCAGAUUACAAGUUUAAAUUCGGGGUGGUUGUCAUCAUCUUCCAAUUGAUGCAAACCUUUCUUUUUAUUUUUUUUUUCUUUUUUGAGCUUUGAUGUGUUGUUUUAAUUCAUAGCCACAGCAUUCUGUUAUAUUCUCUCUCUUUUUUAUGGAAUUACAGUGCAUCCAAUAGAAACAUCUCCUUUUUUUUGGUUGUGA